AUGGAUGACAGUAUCGAAAUUAAGGUAGACACCAUAUUCAUUGACGUAAUGAAUAAAUUUUCUAAGUUCAGUGUAUCAUCACACUCGAGCACAUUUGUGUCGUGUGAAGGGCUACGUAGUAUUAAUGUGAGCUCAGAUUGGGUUUCUCAGCUAGCAUUGUUAUCAAACACCAUCCUAGAAAAACGAGCCACUGAUACAAGUGCAGCAUAUCUGUCCACGCGCCAUAUUUACGUACUUAUACCAUCAAAACUGGACUAUGCACCACGUUUUGAAGAAUAUGCAACAUACAGGGCGUCAGACAAUAGCGUGAUAUACGACAUGGACUUUCUAAUUAAUAACUUUGAGGCUCAAAGCCAGGGUAAACCGCGAGUAACCAUCCAUAUGACAAUGGCUAUCGCUGUUAUAGGUUCAGACAGAUCCCGCGUAGAACUGUGCGGCGCAAGUGAAGCUGCUCAGGUUCCCCCGGAAGGUCACGAUCCAGCCACUGCCUCUACCAUAACCCCCGUCGACGACGCAACGGAUUACUUUGAUUUGGAGGACACCGACACACGAGAACCGCCAGAGUACGAGAGUGAAGAGGACCUACUGGACUUAUCAGAUAUAGAGAUAUAUGAUAAAGAUUGUGUUGGAGACGACUCUUUCAACGAAUUCCAGGCGAUGAUGAACGACAUUCUACCUCCCACACUAGGCCCUGAAGCAUCGACCGUAGCGGAUGGCAUUCCAGAUAUGGAUUAUAGCGCGUUCGGAGAUUCAAGCGUUGAAGGUGACGCAUCAGAGGCGCCCAUAUUCUCUACGGAAAUGAACGAGGGAUUAUACUCGCCAGGCAUGAUAUACGACGAAACCUAUCCAGACGACGAGACCUACGCGGAGGACGCAACCAUGGAGGAGAACGGAAGCGGGAGUGGGCAACAAUUAGACCUGUCCGAUAUUCUCAUUUAUGAUGACGAGGAAGAUGUGUCGUCAGGCGAGUUCCGGUCGUUGAUUAGCGACCUCACCCCUACGUUUGACCAACUUGCACUGCCGGUUGACCAUACGUUUGCGGAAAUGGAGGGUAACGCGUUCCGGGGCUGA